UGCCUGUCUCUAAGCCCAUAUUUUCUCUCAUCUGAGAUAUGGAAUAACCCUUAAGCCCUUAGGGGGGUCCUUCUGGACUGAGAAUUGUUGUAAAGUAAUACUGCUCAGGUGAAAGACAACUUGAAUGGUUAAAUUACUGUCAUGCAAAGCAACUAGAUGGUUCAGCUGAUUGCACCUUUAGAAGUCAUGCGGAACGAGGCAGCAGAUCUUAAGCCGCUUGCUGUGUCACCCAGGCUGGAGUGCAGUGGUGCAAUCAGGGUUCACUACAGCCCUGACCUCCUGGGCCCAGAGAUGGAGUCUCGCUAUUUUGCCCAGGUUGGUCUCGAACACCUGGCUUCAAGCAAUCCUCGCUUUGGCUUCUUGAAGUGCUUGGAUUACAGUAUUUCAGUUUUAUGCUCUGCAACAAGUUUGGCCAUGUUGGAGGACCAUCCAAAGGUCAGCAAGUUGGCUACUGGCGAUUGGAUGCUCACUCUGAAGCCAAAGUCUAUUACUGUGCCCGUGGAAAUCCCCAGCUCACCUCUGGAUGAUACACCCCCUGAAGACUCCAUUCCUUUGGUCUUUCCAGAAUUAGACCAGCAGCUACAGCCCCUGCCACCUUGUCAUGACUCCGAGGAAUCCAUGGAGGUGUUCAAACAGCACUGCCAAAUAGCAGAAGAAUACCAUGAGGUCAAAAAGGAAAUCGCCCUGCUUGAGCAAAGGAAGAAGGAGCUCAUUGCCAAGUUAGAUCAGGCAGAAAAGGAGAAGGUGGAUGCUGCUGAGCUGGUUCGGGAAUUCGAGGCUCUGACGGAGGAGAAUCGGACGUUGAGGUUGGCCCAGUCUCAAUGUGUGGAACAACUGGAGAAACUUCGAAUACAGUAUCAGAAGAGGCAGGGCUCGUCCUAACUUUAAAUUUUUCAGUGUGAGCAUACGAGGUUGAUGACUGCCCUGUGCUGGCCAAAAGAUUUUUAUUUUAAACGAAUAGUGAGUCAGAUCUAUUGCUUCUCUGUAUUACCCACAUGACAACUGUCUAUAAUGAGUUUACUGCUUGCCAGCUUCUAGCUUGAGAGAAGGGAUAUUUUAAAUGAGAUCAUUACUGUGAAACUAUUACUAGUAUAUGUUUUUGGAGAUCAGAUUUCUUUUCCAAAGAUAUAUGUUUUUUUCUUUUUUAGGAAGAUAUGAUCAUGCUGUACAACAGGGUAGAAAAUUAUAAAAAGAGAAUAUUGACUGACCCAGCUAAGAAUCAUGGUUUGAGCUGAGUUAAGCCAUGCGACAAACCCGUAACAUGUUCACCGUAGUUUCACAUAUGUGUAUUUUUAAAUUUCAUGCCUUUAAUAUUUCAAAUAUGCUCAAAUUUAAACUGUCAGAAACUUCUCUGCAUGUAUUUAUAUUCGCCAGAGUAUAAACUUUUAUACUCUGAUUUUUAUCCUUCAAUGAUUGAUUAUACUAAGAAUAAAUGGUCACACAUGCUAAAAGCUUCUUCAUGAAAUUAUUAGCAGAAACCAUGUUUGUAACCAAAGCACAUUUGCCAAUGCUAACUGGCUGUUGUAAUAAUAAACAGAUAAGGCUGCAUUUGCUUCAUGCCAUGUGACCUCACAGUAAACAUCUCUGCCUUUGCCUGUGUGUGUUCUGGGGGAGGGGGGACAUGGAAAAAUAUUGUUUGGACAUUACUUGGGUGAGUGCCCAUGAAAACAUCAGUGAACUUGUAACUAUUGUUUUGUUUUGGAUUUAAGGAGAUGUUUUAGAUCAGUAACAGCUAAUAGGAAUAUGCGAGUAAAUUCAGAAUUGAAACAAUUUCUCCUUGUUCUACCUAUCACCACAUUUUCUCAAAUUGAACUCUUUGUUAUAUGUCCAUUUCUAUUCAUGUAACUUCUUUUUCAUUAAACAUGGAUCAAAACUGACA